GUCUUGUGUACCUGGUUUCCCCCCUCCUCUGCAUCAUCUGCUGUUGCAAGUACAACAUGUGUGAUAGAUAAAGAAAGUGCAGUAGAGUCGAAUUUGCUGCGCUUGUCAUUGAAAUUCCCCGUUGUAAGGACCACCCCGCCGAGUGAUGAACAAAGUGAAGUCGAAGCUGUCAGAAGCCCGGUUGAUGUCGUACUUGUGGAAAAAAGAAUGUUGCUGUGGAACAAAGAAAGUUGCUGUACUAUCUCGAUAGUAGUGUGUUGUUGACUGUUGUCGGAAGCUAAAAAGGACGCCAUAAAGUUCGACACGGUUUUUUCUUCUGACGCCAUUUUUUCUUCUCAUCCAAAAACUCCCUCUAGCCACGUCUUUUUUUUCCGCCCAGUGCCGAGAAAAAUAAAAAAACACAAUCAAUCUAUCUCCACCAAAAAACAACUAUAACAGAAAGAAAAACCAGUGCUUUUGUGCUAAAAAAGUCAAGAGUAAAGUAAAUACACUAGCGAUAGAAAAGUCCAAAAAAACAAAUUAUCACUGUUUCUAUAGCUGCAGAAGAAAAAUAUCGAAGAGGAGUAGAAAAACAAAAAUCUCUACCGUUGCAAAAGAACAAAAAAAGAAAACAUAAAUUUGCAUUUUUCAACUACCCAAGAAACUACCCAAAAAACCUUGAAAAUGUCGGACACGAAGAAGCUUGUGGGCAAGAACCUGAUGGAUUUCCCGAUCACCGUGGUACACACACCAUAAUUGCUGCUGUUUUAUCAUAAUUUUGUUUUCAUUAUUCUGUAAUGCAAAAUUGCAAGAACUUGAACUUGAACUGCAACACCGAUCAUCAUGAUGGAUUGAAUUUGUCAUGCAGAAUACGCUUUUUUUCCUCCCGCUCCCCACAACGUGUUUGCAUAAAGAAGAAAAUACAUCAUAGAAAAUUAACUGAACAAACUCUGUCAGAUUGAUAAGGAGACGGGCAAAGGCAAAUCGAGCUCCAUCGCGGAACUGUCUCAGCAGUACGAGCAUUUGGUCCUCGACUUUUACACGUGCUGGUGCACCAAAUGCCCGGAUACCGCCAAGGAACUCGAGGGUUUGGCAACCAUAUGGAUUGCAAAAAUGUCUGGAUGUCGGCAAGAUUGCACUUGUCAUGCUAAAUCCGAAUCAUGCAAAAAUCUGUGUUGCAUGAGUGCCAAAAGCUGUCCACUUUCAACCAAGUUGGGAGGAAGUUUCUCAUGCAGGAUAGGCAUGAGAGAGAUCGCACAGAAUCUGUCAUGCUAGGUCCUGCAUUCCAGACCUCAUGGGUCAUGGAAAAGCUGCAUGACAAGUUCUGUUCACGCUCUUCCAGACCCAGACACUUUUGCAUUUCAUAAACCAAGUUCUCCGACAAAAACGUCGCAUUCCUCCUGAUCAACCUGGAAAACGAUGACGAGGGUGCGGGGAAAUUCUGCAAGGACCACGGAAUCACAAAGGUAUAUAGCGAAGAUCUUAUGCAUUACUUGCAUGACAGUGUAGUCCUGUUAUGUAAUCUUAUGCAUUACAAAUUUAACGAAAAUUAUACAGUGCAUCUCUUCUAUUGUGGACGAUGACGAAAUCCCGGAGGAGUACGGCAUCAAGGGAAUCCCACACAAGUGCGUGGUAAAGGGCGGCGUGGUCGUGGGCAACGGACCAGAUGUCGAUUUGCAGAGCCUCUCUUUCAGUAUCUAUUGGGUUUUUUGUUUUGAUGGUAAAGAAGUAAAACGCGAUACUGGUUCGUUCGUGAUAAGGUCGUACCCCUCCUGCAUGACAAGGUACUACUUCUUUAUACUACAGGUCGUCAUGUCUGAUGUCAUGCAUCAUGAAGUAAAAUACUCGAAAAUUAAUACUACACAGGUUCUGCCGCGCCGAGCGACGACGAGUCUACCGCGGCCUCGAGCAGUAGCGACGAAGAGCAGCAGGUGGACGCGUCUAAGCUCAGCAUGAACGCCAAGGCCAUUAGUGCGGAAUUCAAAACGUACGAACCAAAUGAGAUCUUGCUGAAGGAAAAUCCGCAGCGAUGGGUCAUGUUCCCGAUCCAGUACCCGGAAGUGUGGGAGAUGUACUUACUAGAUUUGGAUUUUUAUUAUUGUUUGUCAUGCAUAGUACCUACUUCUACUUUGUUUGUCAUGCAUAGAUUUGCAUGAGAAAUUAAGGGAACCUAUUCGAAGAUUAAAAACAACAACUCUACUUUGAUGCGGUUUGUUCACUAUCAGGUACAAGCAGCACGAUAUCCAGGAAAAAAACUGUGUGAGUGCAACCUUGUAGGAAGUGCAGCAUAACAAAUUCGUUUUGCAUUACAGGGAAAAUCUGUCAUGCGCAGCUAGUAAGUGGAAACACGUAUGAAAGUAGCCUAUGACGCAGAUUCAGCAUGACAAGUGUAACAGUUUUGCAUUUUCUGCAUCACAGACUUACACCCACAUAGUUUUUCUCUGGCGAUACACGAAGCGUCCUUCUGGACAGCGGAGGAAAUCGAUCUGACCCAGGACAUGACGGACUGGGAAAAGCUCUCAGAGUAUGCACAGGAAAAAAGUGAUUUACACUUUUGACAAACUUGCAUGACAAAUUCUUGCAUGUCUUGCAAAUAACACGUAGUCAGCAUGUCUUGCAUGACAAAGGGUGUUUGUCAUGCUGGUCUUGCACGUACGACGCACGUCGAGCCCAAUGUGUACUUAAUUGUAGCACUUUAUUUUCCUUUGCAUACAGGGAACGAACACCACUUCAUCAAACACAUCUUGGCCUUCUUCGCAGGGAGUGAUGGUACUUAUACUGUUUUUUUCUGCAAAAGCAAAACGAAAACACGUAAAAGCAGGGGACUGAAUUUGUGAUGCGAGCAGAACCAGAAGUACAAGCAGUCAAAUCUAAGUACCAAAUUUGUAGACGAAGUUUGUCAUGCACAAGACCAGACAAACAUCGGAUGUUGAACAAGGUAUCGUGCUGGAGAACAUUAACUGCAACUUCGCGUCCGAAGUGCAGCUGCCGGAAGCCCGCGCGUUCUACGGGUUCCAGGCCGGCAUGGAGAACAUCCACUCGGAGACCUACUCAUUGCUCAUCGACCAAUACUGCCGUACUUUGAAUUAUAAUUUUUGUUCGCGGAUGAAAUAGAUCUUGAUCUUCUCCGAUGUGAAUGUAUUACAAGCGUGAUGAUGUCCUCGCAUGAGUCAACAAAUGGUCAUUUUAUUUUAUCAUGCAGCUCUAGCUCUGCCUGUAAGUGUAAGUGUAACUGUUACUGUAUGAACAAAGUGCUUGUUUGAUAGAUGCACGUCAACUUUAUUUCCUACAUUCCAGGUAACGACGAAGCGGAAAAGCACCGUCUGUUCAACGCAAUCACCACGAUUCCGGUCAUCGAAAAGAAGGCGAAGUGGGCCUCCAGCUGGAUGAGCAGUGACCUGUGUUUCGCAAUGCGGUUGGUCGCGUUCGCGUGCGUGGAGGGGAUUCUCUUCUCCGGCUCGUUCUGUGCCAUCUACUGGGUGAAGAAGCGAGGUACUUACUACGAGUCUAAGCUAGAGACAGCGGUUGUCAUGCAGAUGAUCCAGAUUCAUAAAUUAAAGUGGAAAGUGAGGUUCUCAUGCAGAUUUCACGACACAGGAAAAAAAAAUUGUCCUGCAGAAUCACAUCACGAUACAUAAUUGUCUGUCAUGCAGAUUUCUUCACAUAAAACAAAACGUCACUACAGGUUUGAUGCCGGGUCUGACGUUUUCCAACGAGUUGAUUGCGCGGGACGAAGGGUUGCACGCGGAUUUCGCCUGUUUGUUGUAUGGCAUGCUGGAGAAGAAGCUCCCACAGGCGGUGGUGCACGAGAUCGUAAAGGGAGCGGUGGUAUCAAAUGCAAAAACGUCUGGGUCUGGAAGAAUACAAGACUUGUCAUGCAUAUUCCUCAUGACCCAUGAUGCCUGUAAUGCAUGACCUAGCAUCGCAGACUUUUAGAGGGCUUCCUGAUGCACCUUCCGCAUGAGAAAUGCCUUGUCCGUGUAGCACAAACUGUGCCCCUCUUGCUGGUCACGCAAUACAAAUUUUUUUAGAAUCCAAAAACAGCAUGACAAGUUGUAAUCUUCCAGACCCAGACACUUUUGCUGUUGAUAGGUGGCCGUGGAACAGGAAUUCAUCUGCGAUGCCUUGAGCUGCGACCUCAUCGGCAUGAAUAAGAAGUUGAUGGGAACGUACUUGUUGUUUCUUCUAUAGGGUUGUUGAAUGAAGAUUUGUCAUGUAUACACCACCAAGGCAGUUGACGUUUGUGAGACGCAAUCGUCCAACGUUGUGCUUCUGUGUUGUACUACUUAUCACUAAAAAUGACCCGACCUGAUACAAAAAAAUCAGGUACAUCCAGUUUGUGGCGGACCGGCUGUUGGUCGCCUUGGGCUGCGAGAAGUUGUAUGAGGUAAAGAACCCCUUCGACUGGAUGGAGCUGAUCUCCCUGCAGGGCAAGACAAACUUCUUCGAGAAGCGGGUCGGGGACUACCAGAAGGCGGGUGUAAUGAAGGCGGCGGAGACGGCCACGUCCGGGGAGGGCGAGAGCAGUCACGCCUUUUCCAUGGACGAAGACUUCUAA